AUGUACUCGGAUCGUCCCGGACGAUGUUUGCCCCAAGAGCUUCCGCCUCUACUAUUCCGUUGGUGGAACAAGAAUUCGCAUGGCCUGAACACUCGGACAUUGUUAAUGGCUGGAGCAUUUGCUAAAGCUGAGUCGCCAGUAGAGCGCGUCAUGCUAGAAGGCAUGGGACGUGAGGAUUUCCUGUUAGCCUUCAAGAACCAUGUCACAAGAGAGCGAGUCGACAGCCCAUUCAUCUCCACUUUCAAAUCUCCAUUGGCACCGAUACACAGAGCCGUCCGUCAUCAAGAUGGUGCGGUAAUCUGUGUUAUUGACCCUUCUAAGCUGGAGACAAAUGUGUUCAAAGCCGUCCCUCUGGUUGAGAUGACAAAUACCACACUCAGGAGCUGGAAGGGAUUCGGCGAGUACGAGGUUUGGGAGAAGAUCGAGGGACCUGCAAUUGUGUGUACAUUUGACAUCGGGACGCUGAUGAGUAUCGAUCAUGACAGUCCGGUCAUCGGUGGAUUCCUGCAACUUCCCAUAAUCUGCGGAUAUGGCACAUGCAGCAACGCCCUACAUGUCAGGCUUAAGAGUAUCCUUAAGUCUCACCACGACCAUGACAUGGCAUUGUCACGGCUCAUGGAGCUACUUGAGGUUCCCGAGCAGUACCGGGCUUCAAUGUGUCACUGUUUCAAGAAAUUGAAAACUGGACACAGGAAGAAUUUGAAGUAUCUCGAAGUGUAUCUCCACGGAACGAAGUGUACACGCGACGAGGACACUGAAGGGGAAUCGAGCGAAGAAGAGAAAGGCUCCCAGUCCCCCGCGGCGCGAUGCCCUCGACAUGAUACACCAAGCUCUGGAUUUUCGGUUCAGGAUGACAGUGAUGACGAAGAUGCUUACCGGAAAUUCAAUGCGAAGCAAUUCAGAGCUCAUCCACCCAUCCCAAUCGAUCUUGCGGGACGAGAUGAGAUCGAAAAAACACCAAAUGUGUCGGAUAUGGAGACGGUCAAUGACUGGCCGUCGGAAGGAGAAGACUAUCAAGUUUAG